AUGGCUUCGCUCGUGAAGAAAAUAAUCAGCACUGCUAAGGCCCCCGCUGCACUGGGUCCCUACAGCCAAGCCGUGCUGGUAGACCGGACGAUGUACAUUGCAGGACAGAUAGGUAUAGAACCUUCCACUGGGCAGCUUGUCCCUGGAGGGGCAAAGGAAGAAGCUAAGCAGGCUCUAAAAAACAUGGGAGAAAUUCUGAAAGCUGCAGGCUGUGACUAUGGCAAUGUUGUGAAGACUACGGUUUUGAUGGCAGACAUGAAGGACUUCAAUGAUAUUAAUGACAUUUACAAACAAUUUUUCAAGACAAACUUUCCAGCCAGAGCAGCCUAUCAGGUUGCAGCUUUGCCAAAAGGUGCUCGAGUUGAGAUUGAAGCUAUCGCCAUUCAGGGACCCCUCCAAGAUGCUUCAGCCUGA